AUGCCAAGUGCUGCUAUCGGUAGUUUAAUCGGAGCUUAUCUGAGCGACAGUUUCGGACGAAGAAAAUGUUUAAUGUUCGCGUGUUUCUGUUAUAUGCUUGGAUCUGUCGUCUCUGGAUCGGCUUACAACAGAGAGACUUUGCUUACUGGACGAUUAAUGACUGGAUGUGGAAUCGGAAUUGCUUGUGCCGCAACUGCUGUGUACGUUGCAGAAUGUUCUCCAAGCCACUUGCGUGGCCGUCUGAUUGGUUUGAGUCAACCAUUUUUGAAUAUAGGGAUUUUAAUUGCUAUGAUCAUCUCUGCCGUUUUCAGCUACGACAAAAAGAACGGAUGGAGGUACAUAUGGGGUAUCCAGGGUAUCUUUAGUUGUAUCCAAUUCACUGCUUUGAUUUUUCUUCCGGAAUCCCCACGAUGGCUUCUUCAGAAAUCCUGCAAGGAUGAAGCGAAGGAAACAUUGACCAGAAUUCGAAAUACAAAAGAUGUCGAACAAGAAAUGCAAACAAUCGAAGUUAAUUUCAAAGAAAUACAGAAGUCAAUUGAGAAAUCAGGUGGAGGUAAUUUGUUCUUGAGAAUGCUUAAAACCAGCUCUGUAAGGCGGGCUCUGGUAGUUGGCUGUGGUUUGCACUUAUUUGCUCAGUUCUCUGGUGUGAAUACAGUUAUAUAUUACAGUGGAAUCAUAAUCCAAAUGUCUGGCGUUGGAAAUGUGUCAAGUGCUCUCUGGAAUUCUGUCAUUGUCAAUUGUGUUAGCCUCACGUUUGCCAUUAUUGGAAUGUGGCUGGUCGACUCAGCCGGGAGAAGGAAAUUGGCAAUUAUUGGACUCUUAGGACUAUUCUUCAGCAGUUUGUGUUUAGGAACAACUUUCCUUAUGGCAGCCAGAUACUCCCCCAGCGUCAACACCACAAACGAUUUUCCCAACAACACAUGUUCUACAUACAGAAAAUGGGGACGCAAGUUCGAAUCCGGCUGUCAAUGUGACGACUGUGUCAGGGAUGCAAAUUGUGGCUUUUGUCAUGAAGAUAUACGUGCCGUCAUAAACGGUGCUUGUCUACCAGUCAGCGACACCUCACAUCUCAUAUCCGAAUCAGGGUCAUGUAACUCUUCAUUAACACUAUCAAAAUAUUCCAUGAAAUGGGCUUAUAAUUAUUGUCCUGUAACUUUUUCGUGGAUAGCGAUUGUCGGAUUCGCGCUUUUUCUCAUAUUCAAUGCUCCAAAUGUCAUCACUCGGCACUCUGUCAAUCGACGGCAACGUAUGGGUCCCCUUCCGUGGACUUUGAACGCUGAGAUUUACCCCCUGUGGGCACGCAGCACGGGCAACGCCCUUGGAGCCAUGACUGCUUGGAUCUGUAAUCUGAUUAUCGCAGCCUCGUUUCUAUCAUUUAUUGAACUCAUUCAGAGUUACGGUGUUUUCUACGUAAUGGCGUCCGUGGCUCUCAUUGGAUCGGUUUUUUGUUUCUUCUUUCUGCCUGAGACAAAGAACAAAUCUUUGGAAGAAAUUGAAAUUUUGUUUUCGCCGAAGAAGCCAAAUGUUUAA